AAGUUAGCAUGUGUAUUUAAGGCGCGUGUUUGCGCUGCUGUAGCUGGAGACAGGCAGGUCGCGCGCAGCAGUCACAUCAUCUCUAGCGGAGAACAGCAGCGCAACAGGCAGGAUUGGAGAGCCGUGAGUGAUUGGUGACCCUGAACCCGAUAACGGAGAGUAAACAUGCCGAGGUCAUUUUUGGUGAAGAGCAAACGGGCGCACAGUUAUCAUCAACCCCGUUACCUGGACGACAACUGCAUCCCAAUUGAGAAACUUCUCACGUGCCAAGAGAGUCAAGCGGGGCAGAUCCCCGAGAGCCCGGUGGGUAAUCAUUCCCCUAAAGCCAGCAUGGUGUGCACGGCGGAUCACUCCUCUCAACAGUCCCCGCUGAGCUGCGAGGGCAGUGUGUGUGACCGCUCAUCCGACUAUGAGGACUUCUGGAGGCCACUGUCAUCCGGAACCUCUCCAGAUUUGGAUAAAUGCGCGCUGCCUUCUCCAGACGACUCGCAGCCUUUUGACUUGUCUUUCCGUCCGUAUGUUUGGGCCCAUUCAACAUCCGAGCUAAGACACCUCAUUCAAUCGUGCAACCGUGUUUCUGCGGAUUCAGAGACAUCAAUGGGGGUGCAUGAGGCCAUGGACAGAAGGCCGGGUGCCCAUCUUCUCAUUGACCCAGCACAAUCCGGCCGAUUUUACCAGGACUAUGGCUCUCUGAACACGAACCUGCUGGAUAGUAGAGGCUUUUAUGCAGACUUCAAGAUUUCAACUAAAGUGGCAGAGAUCGAUUCGGAGUCUGAUAUUAUGUCCAGGAGACUUCAACUAAGCGGGUCGUUCAAAUGCGUAAAAUGCACUAAGGUGUUUUCUACCCCUCAUGGGUUGGAAGUUCACGUGCGGCGGUCCCACAGUGGCACGAGGCCCUUCGCGUGCGAUAUCUGCGGAAAAACUUUCGGCCACGCGGUCAGCCUGGAGCAACAUAAAGCUGUCCAUUCACAAGAAAGGGUCUUCAGCUGCAAAAUCUGCGACAAAAGUUUCAAGAGGUCGUCCACUUUGUCCACGCACCUCCUCAUCCACUCGGACACCAGACCAUAUCCCUGUCAGUACUGCGGCAAACGAUUCCACCAGAAAUCAGAUAUGAAGAAACACACGUUCAUUCAUACAGGUGAAAAGCCACACAAGUGUCAGGUGUGUGGCAAAGCCUUCAGUCAGAGUUCAAACCUCAUCACACACAGCAGAAAACACACAGGAUUCAAGCCUUUCGGAUGCGAUCUGUGUGGCAAAGGAUUUCAGCGCAAAGUAGACCUGAGGAGACACAAAGAAACGCAGCAUGGACUAAAAUAAUGAAAAAAAAAAAAAAAUUUGUUUUGUUUUUUCCCUUACAUCUGUUUGUUUGCACAUGCAUGUGACACUAUGUAGAAUUAGAACAUAGGAUAAUGUUGUGGUUUUAUGGAUUAAGAAAAUAACGAAUUAAUUUGCUGAUGUCAGAGAGAUUUCCUACACAAUUCCAAGUAGGCUAUUUUAUAACAAGCUGUGAUAUUUUGUCCCUGCAAAAUAUUUAAUAAAUGGACAAAUAAAAUACCAGUUCUCUACUAUUUUUUACUUCGAAAUACAUAGGCCUUUUAAAGGUUUAGGAUAAAAAUGUUACGACAUAUCAAGGCUAAAGCGGAUUUCGUCAAUGUUAAACUCAUAUUCUUGUGAAAGUGUGAUAUAUGUAGUUGCAGAUAUAGCAAUUGUUAACA